AUGCGUCUCUCGACCGCCCUCCCCCUCGUCCUCCUCCCCGCUCUCACCCUCGCCCACCAUGAUCCCCUCCGCCCAGCACACCACAGAAGACAGCUCGCACGACACGGGCAUGUAGCUUAUGGCAAGCGAGUCCCGGCCAUUGAUGACAUCCUUGGUGGUGGCAGCACUUCUAGCAGCGACGCGGCCACUUCGACAGCGUCCGCCGAUGGAAAGUCAACAUCAGGGGCCGCCGCCGCGACUUCAGCCGUAGCGUCGACCUCCGAGGCAGCCACGACGACCAACAGGGCCGAGGCGUCGACGUCGACAGCUGAUACUUCCUCGGCAGCUCCCGGAACAUCUCAAGCUGCCACGAGCACGGUCAAUUCAAGCAGUGCAGGAAAGUCUUCCGCUGCUAGCUCUGCAGCGGGCAGUUCCAGCGCCUCUGCUUCGGCAUCUGCAUCAGCCUCGGAUUCGAGUUCAGCUUCGGGCGCUGGUUCUAUCCCUGCUUCGGGCCUCUCCGCUUCUUCUUCCCAGUCCGCUUCGCCCAGUCCCUCAGAGGUCACCGAGACCGCCUCGGGAUCUUCUUCUCCCACCACCCCCGCCGCCCAAUCCGUCCAAUACACCACCGACUCUUCCGGUCAGACCCAGAUGAUUACAGUCGUCCUGACCCAAUCUGCCGACGACGACGACCCCUCUACUGCGAAUGCUGCUGCUACUGCCUCGUCUGCCAACACAGCGGCGACGAACGAAGAUGACGGCUCGCUGUCUACGGGUGCGAUCAUUGGUAUCUGUGUCGGUGUCGGCGUUGCCGUGUUGGCCUUGAUUGGACUUGCACUUUGCAGGAUGAGGAAGCGAAGCUCGGACGAGGACGAGGCUAUUCGAUGGCCUGAAUUGAACCGUCACGGCGACUCUGACGUCCACCACGCCCUCCCUGCCCGCGAGACUGGUCAACACGGCUUUGAAACCAGCGGCAUGUCUCGCCCCCUCUCUUCCGGUUCUUCCAUUCACUACGCAGACUACCCCGCCGAGUACGGCUCCGCUGGCGGAGACUAUCUCGGAACACCCAUGCCCCAUACCUCUGUCCCCAUGGCUCUCGGCGGCUCCAACUUUGGCGCGAGCUCGACUCUGGAAGACGAGUACGAUGAAAAGUACUCUCCUGCUCAUCUUGACCACUCGGCCACCCACCUUGCCGGCGGUCCCCCUAGCCCCAACCCCAACAGUCUCGACGAACACGACAACUACUCCUCCUUGCCCCCUCCUGUCCAGCCGACUCCUGUCGGUCUCGGUAUGGGCGGUAUGAUGUACGGCCAGGGGCACCCAAGCCCAAACCCGAGUGAGCACGCGAUGCUGGACAAUGAGGAUGUCUACGGUGGGAUGGGAGCGCAGAGUGUACAAAUGACGCAGAUGGGUGCAAGGGGGGGGGUUACAUACCCACAAGUUGCCCUUACUUCCCCCGUGCCAGAGUAUGGCAUGGAGUACCCUGACUACCCUCGAGGUGGUUAUUAG